UUUCCAGACGGGGGCGUUUACCCAGAGCACGCGGGGAAGCCAGUGUUGUGUGAAGAUGGCGGUUAGAGUGCUGUAUACAACGCCCGAAUAAAUAAUAUCACGCAGUCCUUCAGAUCUCCGGAACAGAUAAUACAUCUGUACUUAAGCCCUUUUUCUCUACCCUGCAUCAGAGUGUGGCGGCAUGGAGGGAGGUAAACCAUCCCUUGCGCUAGUCUACCAGGCCGUGCAAGCCCUUUAUCACGACCCGGACCCCGCCGGAAAAGAACGAGCCUCUGUAUGGCUUGGGGAGCUGCAGAGAUCGAUGUACGCCUGGGAGAUUUCGGAUCAGCUGCUCCAGCUGAAGCAGGACGUGGAGUCCUGCUACUUCGCGGCCCAGACGAUGAAGAUGAAGAUCCAGACCUCGUUCUAUGAACUUCCUGCCGACACUCACGUGUCCUUGCGUGACUCGCUGCUCUCUCACAUUGAGAACCUCAAAGACCUCUCCCCCAUCAUCGUCACCCAGCUUGCUCUGGCAAUAGCAGAUCUUGCCCUGCAGAUGGCCUCGUGGAAGGGCUGUGUUCACACACUUAUUGAGAAAUACAGUAACGAGGUGACGUCGAUGACAUUCCUGAUCGAGAUCCUGACCGUGCUGCCCGAGGAGGUCCACAGCCGCUCCCUGCGGAUCGGGGCCAAUCGGCGCACGGAGAUCAUCGAGGACCUGGCCUACUACUCCAGCACCGUCAUCACGCUGCUGCUCUCCUGCGUGGAGAAGACGGGCAGCGACGAGAAGAUGCUGAUCAAGGUGUUCCGCUGCCUGGGCAGCUGGUUCAACCUGGGCGUGCUGGACAGCAACUUCAUGGCCAACAACCAGCUCCUCAUCGUCCUCUUCCAAGUGCUGCAGCGGGACGAGACGUCCACCAACCUGCACGAGGCGGCGUCGGACUCCGUGUGCUCCGCCCUGUACGCCAUCGAGAACGUGGACGCCAACGUGGCGCUGGCCAUGCAGCUGUUCCAGGGCGUGCUGACGCUGGAGACGGCCUACCACAUGGCCGUGGCCCGCGAGGACCUGGACAAGGUGCUGAAUUACUGCAGGAUCUUCACGGAGCUGUGCGAGACCUUCCUGGAGACGAUCGUGCGCAGUCCCGGGCAGGGGAUGGGCGACCUGCGUACGCUGGAGCUCCUGCUGAUCUGCGCGGGGCACCCCCAAUAUGAGGUUGUGGAGAUCUCCUUUAAUUUCUGGUACCGGCUUGGCGAGCACCUGUACAAGACCAACGACGCUGUCCUGCACAGCAUCUUCAGGCCUUACAUACAGAGGCUGCUGCAUGGGCUGGCCCGGCACUGCCAGCUGGACCCCGAUCACGAGGGAAUUCCAGAAGACACAGACGAUUUCGGAGAGUUCCGGAUGAGGGUCUCAGACCUGGUGAAGGACGUGAUUUUCCUCGUGGGGUCCAUGGAGUGCUUUUCCCAGCUGUACUCCACUCUGAAAGAGGGCAACCCGCCCUGGGAGGUGACCGAAGCUGUGCUCUUCAUCAUGGCCGCCAUCGCCAAGAGCGUAGACCCUGAUAAUAACCCCACCCUGACGGAGGUGCUGGAGCAGGUGGUCCUGCUGCCGCAGACGGUCCACAUCGCCGUGCGGUACACCAGCAUCGAGCUGGUGGGGGAGAUGAGCGAGGUGGUGGACCGCAAUCCCCGCUUCUUAGACCCCGUGCUGAAUUACCUGAUGAAGGGCUUGAGGGAGAAGCCGCUGGCCUCGGUGGCUGCCAAGGCCAUCCACAACAUCUGCUCGGUGUGCCGGGACCACAUGGCGCAGCACUUCCAGGGCCUCCUGGACAUCGCCCGCGCGCUCGACUCCUUCGCCCUGUCCACCGAGGCCGCCGUCGGCCUCCUCAAAGGCACUGCUUUAGUUCUAGCCCGGCUGCCGCUGGAGAAGAUCGCCGAGUGUUUGAGUGACCUGUGCGCGGUGCAAGUCCUGGCCCUCAAAAAGCUUCUCUCCCAAGAGCCUAGCAAUGGCAAAUCAUCUGACCCCACGGUGUGGCUGGACAGGCUGGCGGUCAUCUUCAGACACACAAACCCUAUAGUAGAGAACGGCCAGACGCAUCCCUGUCAGAAAGUCAUACAGGAAAUCUGGCCGGUGCUGUCGGAGACGCUGAAUAAGCACCAGGCUGAUAACCGCAUCGUGGAGCGCUGCUGCCGCUGCCUGCGCUUCGCCGUGCGCUGCGUGGGCAAGGGCUCCGCCUCCCUGCUGCAGCCGCUGGUCACGCAGAUGGUGAGCGUGUAUCAGGUGUACCCACACUCCUGCUUCCUGUACCUGGGGAGUAUCCUGGUGGAUGAGUAUGGAAUGGAGGAGGGCUGCAGACAGGGUCUGCUGGACAUGUUACAGGCCCUGUGCAUGCCGACCUUCCAGCUGUUGGAACAGCCCAACGGACUGCGCAACCACCCCGACACGGUGGACGACCUCUUCAGGCUGGCCACCAGGUUCAUACAGCGGAGUCCUGUCACGCUGCUCUCCAGUCAGAUCAUCAUUCACAUCAUCCAGUGCGCCAUCGCCGCCACCACGCUGGACCACCGGGAUGCCAACUGCAGCGUCAUGAAGUUCGUGCGUGACCUCAUCCACACGGGCAUCACCAACGACCACGAGGACGACUUUGAGCUGCGGAAGCAGCUGAUUGCUCAGGCGAUGGGGCAGCACGGGCAGCAGCUGGUCACCCAGCUCAUCCACACCUGCUGCUUCUGCCUGCCCCCCUACACCCUGCCCGACGUGGCCGAGGUCGUCUGGGAGAUCAUGCUCUUCGACCGGCCGACGUUCUGCCGCUGGCUGGAGAACGCGCUGAAGGGUCUCCCCAAGGAGACGGCGGGCGGGGCCGUGACCGUCACACACAAACAGCUGACCGACUUCCACAAACAGGUCACCAGUGCAGAGGAAUGCAAGCAGGUCUGUUGGGCAAUUCGAGAAUUCACCAGGUUGUUCCGAUAGCUACGCGUGCACGUUCUACCAGAAGACCAGGACUCUUUUCUUUGCAACGUUGAAAGGUGUGACAGCAUUGAGGAACGAGGUGACUGCAAAUGAAAAAAAAGGGAACUCCCUCAUGAAGGGUGGGUGGGACUCAGCCCUCUGUGGAAAGCCAAUCGGACGCGUGGCUGUGUUGGAGAGGUGUGUGAGCGAUGGGCACCGAGGUGCUCGGGGAAAAAAAGAGGUCUUUGCGGAUCUGGCGCUGCUGUAGCCGCAGCUGGAAAACAGGGGAUUGUGGGAAGCCCGAUGGCUUUUCCGGAGGACUGAGCUUUUUAAUGAACGUUCGCUGAUUUGGAGACAUGAAUUCACCCCAAGUCGGCUGGAUUUCUACAAAUCAAGGACCCAUCGUGAAACGAAAGAAAAAAAAAAACGAAAAAAAAAAACAAA